UUGGUAUUAGAAAGUUAGAGCUGCUAGGGAACCCAGUUUGUUUAUGACGCUGAGACUUUGUUGUUUUGGGGGCUUUCUGGAGUGUGGUUUGAAAGACACGCAGUAAAGCGACUGCCCCUCAGGUGAAACCUCCAAACCCUCCGGACACCUCUGAGCGUCUCUGGGUGUGAUGGAAGCAGAGGUGCUUCUGCAGGAUGACGUGGAGGGCUCGGGGACAAUGCUGUCCUGGCUGGCAUCCUGCCUCAUGGUGUUUGGAGGGGCGCUGCCCUACGUGCCACAGUACCAGGAGAUCCAGAGGAGCAACAACAGCGACGGCUUCUCUACCAGAGUGUGCCUGGUGCUGCUCAUUGCAAACAUCCUGCGUAUCUUCUUCUGGAUAGGGAAGCAGUUUGAGCUCACCCUGCUGCUCCAGAGUGUGGUGAUGAUCCUCACCAUGUUUGCCAUGCUCCACCUCUGCUGCAUGGUCCAAAACACCAACCGAGUGAGCACCAAGCAGCACCGACUCUCAGAUUUGGACUUUCGCUACUUCUGGAAGUGGAGUGCGUUCGAGGACUACCUGCUCUUCUGCUUUGGCUUCACCGUGCUGUGCACCGUCGUCACCCUGCUGCUCCUGGACUCUCCCGUGUUCGUGGAGACGCAGGGCUCCCUCGCUGUCAUGUUCGAGGCCAUGCUCGGCCUCCCGCAGCUGCUGCAAAACUUUCACAACCACUCCACCAAAGGCAUGAGUGUAAAGAUGGUGCUGCUGUGGACAGCCGGCGACGUCUUCAAGACCACCUACUUUGUGAUGAAUGAGAGCCCGGCUCAGUUCGCUGUUUGUGGCUCAGUUCAGAUCCUUAUCGACGUGGCCAUCCUGCUGCAGGUCCUCUUCUACAGCCAAGACACACGGACCAAGCUGGGAUGAACAAGGAUGUUGCUAUCUGCAAAAGAAAAAAAACAACACAAGGCUCCUAGGUUCAUUUCAUUUGGUGUAGUAUCAAGGCUUAAAAAAAAGAGCUGCAAAGAUGAUAGAAUUAUCCUAGGACACGUUAAGCUACCAAAUUAUGGAGAAAGCCAAAAGCAGUGUAGAUUUGUUAGGUGUUCCGCCUUGAUUUAAAAUAUUCGGUCUUAAAGGUUCAUUCAGUUUAAAAAUCUACCUUCAAGUCCAAUGAGGCAAACCGCCUGAGCUUUGAACAAAUUAUCCACAGCAGCAUUAACAAUAAGAGCACUUAAAAACAAAAGAUUAAGAUUUUUUAAGCGAGAUAAGGAUGUGUUUUUUUUUAUAUUUGAUACUAUUUAUUUGUUUCCUGUUGAACACAACUUGUAUGCUGGACUCCAAGAGGACAUGUGGAAACAUGACUCACUCCUGCAGCUCACUAGCAGCAGAUCUGUCAUGGCAGCUGUUACAACCAGUCCUGCACUGGUAGCCCUGCACUGGAAUCUCCUGCCUGACUUAUGAGCCUCCCACUUCACACUCCACACCUAACAUAAGACCGGCCUCAUGAUGCAGAGAGAAAGAGUGUGUGUGUGUGUGUGUGUGUGUGUGUGUGUGUG